AUGUCAUUUUUUGCAAAAGAUAGAAGAAUUGAUCAUAAAAAUACAUCAGAAUCAGUGAAAUAUGGAGAUUCUUCUCUAUGUGAUGAGUUAUUCAGUUAUGGUGUUUCUAGUGGUAUACGACUUGCAACGUUUGAUGCUAUUCAAUCUCUUCUUGCUAUAGCAACUUUUGAUUCAAAGAUAUAUAUAUUUAAAGAAAAAAAUAUUAAAGUUCAAUACAGUCUUCCAAAACAUUUAUCAAUUCGGCAAUUGCUUCUUCAUGAUAGUUUUCUUAUUGCUAUCGAUUCUAUAAACACUAUAUAUUCUUGGUCUUUAGAUAAAACAUCAAUUAUGCCAACGACAGUUCAUUCUAUUCGAGGAAAUGUAACAUGUAUCGGAACAGAUCCAUCUAUUGAUUGGCUAUUUAUUGGACUAAAAGAUGGAACUGUUGAUGUUUGGGAUAUUGAUAGAGAAUGUAUUGCUCCAUAUAAAAUUGCUAAUUUAUAUUCGGAAAAAUAUGAAAGAUUGCGCCAAAAGAAAAGUAAUUCUGCGCCACCUAGAUCAUAUAUAUCUCCUAUUAUAUCUAUUCAAAUUCAUCCUAGAGAUCUUGGAAUGAUUUUAAUCGGAUAUUCGGAUGGUGUAGUAUUAUAUUCUUUUAAAAAAAAUAUGCCUAUAAGUUUUUUUGACCUAGAAAUUCCUCAAAAAAUACCAGAAACUAAUUCAACAGGGAAAAUUGUGAUUUCUAGACCAAAAUUAACAGGUCUAUCAUGGGCACCACAUGGUCAUCAUUUUGUUGUUUCUUAUCAAAAUGGUUGUUUUGCAUUUUGGUCUACAAAAUCUAAUAAAUAUCCUUUACAAGUACGUACAUUGGAUGAUGUUCGAAUAGAUACUAUAUUAGAAGAAAAAACACAAAAUAAUGCAUCUCAGACUGCAUAUACACGUAGUCCAAUUUUCUUCAUCCUAUGGAACUGCAAUGAUGAUCUUGAAAAUACAUCUGUUUUUAUAGUUGGAGGAAAUUUGAAUAAUAAAGAUUCCAAAGAAUUAAACAUUCUGGAAUUUGGACAAUCUCCCUCAAUGUCAUCAUCAGAUUGUGUUUUUACUGAUUAUUAUAGUAAGCCUAAACAACAUCAUGCUUUAUCACACUUUUUAUCAAGCAAUGUCGUCAAUAUCUGCGUUUUUCCAGAAAGGUCUCCCCAAUAUUCUGGAAAUUAUAAUAUUGAAAUGAUUAUGCUUAUUCUAGCAUCUGGAGAAAUAGAAUUACUAAGUUAUCCUGAUGGCAUUUUUUUAAAUUCAUUAAAAUUACUUCCAUCAUCACUUGAAUGGCUAUCACCAAAGAUUUGUGAUAUAUCAUUAUCUUUUGUCUCGAAAAAUACUUCGUUUGGAUAUAGAAAAUAUAUAGAAGGACAUGAUCAUCUUUAUCAGCGAAAGGGGUCAACACACCAUAAAUUACUAUAUCAUAAUGAAGUUAUUUCUUCUGGACAUGAUAAUGGCAUUAUACGCUUGUAUAAUGUUACUCAAGAUUAUAAAUUUGAGAAAAUUCAUGAAAUAUUUCUAGCUAAACUUCUUAAUCUUCCAUCUAACAUGAUUAAAGUAGUAAUUACUAAAUUUUCUGAAAUGUCGGAUUUAAUUAUUGGGUGCGAAAGUGGAGAGCUUAUAGUAUAUAAAUUGUUUUCUCCUGAUAAAAAAACCUUUGAAUUUAAUGAUUCGCAUGACUCCUCUAUGUUUAAUAGAUCUUCAAAGAAAAAUGAUAAUAACACUCUUAAAUCAGACAGCUAUAUGAUUAAUAAAAAUAGUGUUUCGUCAAAUAAUAGCAAAAAUCAAAAUAAUCUUUCUUCUGUCUCAGUUUUUCAAAUCCAUAGAGGUUCUGUAGUUUCUUUAAAAACAAGUAAUAUAGGACUUUUAGCCUGUGGAUAUGAAUUUGGAACAACCAUUUUAAUAAAUACAUUUACUCGAAAUAUUAUUUUACAAAUAGAAUUAACUGAAAUAAAGACUGAAAAAAAGAAAUCAAAAAGUUUUAAAAAUGCUCGAGAUAGUGAUGAUUCUGAAUUGGAAGUUGCUGUAACUUUUGAAUUCACUACAGGGAAAUUUAAAAAAAAAGAUUCGAGUGUUCUCUUUAUAAUUGGGACAUCAUUUGGAAGGUUAAUUUUUUAUAAUUUAUUUCUUAGUAGUGAAAAUAAAUUUAAUGUUGAAUAUAUGGGCGAAAUUUUAUUCGAAAAUGGUUCAAUUAUUAAUAUUAUUUCAAUAUUUAAAAAUACUUUGAGGCCUUAUAUUCUUUAUCCGAGCAUUUUUGAUAAUUUAAGAAACAAUUCUAUUUCAGAAAGUUAUAUUAUUAUUAUAGCAGAGAACUCAGUAAAAGUACUUGAUUCAUACUUUUUCAAGAUAUCGGAAUAUUUUUUGGAAAAAGAUGUGAAAUGUCUUUCAGCUAAUAUUGUUUAUCAGGAAAGCAUAGAUGUAGCCAUUGCUUGUCUGAUAAACAAUAGAAAAGUUUUUCUUCUUUCAUUUCCAGAUUUGAAUGAUCUUUUUUCUGUUAAUUUACCUCAUUUAUUUAUUGAUAAAUUAAAUAAAACUAUUAUUACAAUAAUUGGUGUUAUAUAUCUCUGGGUAAACGAAAUGGAACUUUCGCUUUUCAAUCUUUUUGGAAAUGGAAUAAGAAUUACUGAAUUUCCUUCUGGUAUUCUUUAUGAUAGUUCAAAAAAAGUUCCUCCUCGUCCAACAAUUUCAACAUGGGAAUGGAUAACAGGCACAAAAUAUAUUACGGCUGCCGAAUUAGAUUCAUUAAUUGGUGGACCAGACCGUCCAUUGCCUAAAAAACUUCUUCAGUCUUUAGCUGAACAAAAAUUAAAAAAUAAGACAGAGAAAAAAGCGCACUCAGCAUGUCAACAAAAUGAACAUCCUGAUUCAUAUGGUAAUAUUUUUGUUCAGACUACCGAAAAUAUUCGUGAACGAGGUAGAAAGAUUUUCGAUGUUGGAGAAAAACUUGAAUUUCUUGAAGAAUCAUCAGUAAAUAUGCUUAAGAGGUUAUUCGAUUGA